AAUCCUCUCAUUUCUUCCCUUCUUCAUAUCCUUCACAUACUCUUGCUAGAAUUUUUCUCUCUUUCUUGCUAUAUAUAUAUAAUACCAACUUCUUAACACACAAAAUAUAUACACACAUAUAUAUAUAGUUCUUCAUGUUCAAUACUAUAACUUAAGGGGGAAAAAGAGGAAACAUAUAUUUAGAAACCAAACUUAGUGUUGAGUUUUUUUACAUUAACUAAGAGAAAACAAUAUGGUGUUGGCUUCACCAAAACCAAUUAGGAGUGAAAGGAUUUUACAAAGUGAUGUUAUUCCAAUAGUGGACCUUAAAGGUGAAAGGUGUGAGGUAAUAAAACAAAUUGUGAAAGCAAGUGAAGAGUAUGGUUUUUUCAAGGUGAUAAAUCAUGGUAUAAAUGAUGAAAUUAUAGACAAAAUGGAAGAGGCAGGGUUUAGUUUCUUUGCAAAACCAAUGAGUCAAAAGAAACAAGCUUCACCUGCCUAUGGUUGUAAUAACAUAGGAUUUAAUGGUGACAUUGGUGAGGUUGAGUACCUUCUUCUCAAUGCUAACACUUCCUCCAUUGCUCAGAUAUCCAAAACUAUAUCCAUUGAUGAUCCACAUUCAAACUUUAGGUAUAAGGUGAGUUCAUACACAGAAGCAGUGAAAGAGUUGGCAUGUGAGAUAUUAGAGUUAAUGGCAGAGGGUUUGGGGGUCCCUGAUACAAAGGUAUUCAGCAGUUUGAUAAGAGAUAUUGAUAGUGACUCAGUUCUUAGGCUCAAUCACUAUCCACCUACACUUACUGUUAAGGACAACAAUUCUACCUCUAAUAAUAAAGUUGGUUUUGGAGAGCAUUCUGACCCUCAGAUCUUGACCAUUCUUAGAUCUAAUGACGUUCCUGGUCUUCAAAUCUCUCCUCAACAUGGUCUCUGGAUCCCUGUCAACCCUGACCCCUCUGCUUUCUGUCUUAAUGUUGGUGAUGUCCUUGAGGUUAUGACAAAUGGAAGAUUUGUAAGCGUGAGACAUAGGGCAAUGACAAACUCAUACAAAUCUAGAAUGUCAAUGGCAUAUUUUGGGGCUCCACCUCUAAAUGCAUGCAUUGUUGCUCCACCAAUUUUGGUUACACCUCAUAGGCCCUCUCUCUUCCGACCAUUUAGUUGGGCCGACUACAAAAAAGCCACAUAUUCACUAAGGCUUGGUGACACAAGAAUUCAACUUUUUAGAGCAAACAUCUCAUGACCAUUCAUAAAGUUGAGUUUGAGUUUGUAACAAUUACUACUAAUAUUAUUAUGUGUAAAGUAAGGAAGGACAAGUUGUUGUUGUUCUCCUUUUUAUUUAUUAAUGUUGGUUGGUGUCUUUAGGGACCUAGGAAAAGUUGUAUGCUUUUGUUUAGCUAAAUGUGUUUUGCAUAGGCUGCCAUUUUUUACUUGACAUGGUAAAGAAAGCUACUUUUCAAGGAUGUAAGACUGAGUACUAAUAGAUAUAGAUAGAUGCAUGCUUGCCUGUUAUGUUUCUCUUCAAUCAUCAAUCACAAUCUUGCCUGACAUAUACAUC